AUGUCGAGCGGACACGUCUCAUCCCUCCAGCCGGGUCCCCUCCUUUCGACCGUGUACCAGUUCACUGAACGCCUACGCGCACACUCGAUCCGCCCAGUCCACGUCGACCUCAAGGCACUCCUCGACUCCGCCUGUGGCCCAGCCAACUACUACCUUCGCUGGGAAUUCGGGACGGAGCACUUGGUCCGCUGUCUCGUGUUCACCAAGGAGUACGACCACGCACGGGACUUUCAGAUCGUGGAGAUUCUCGAGGACGCUUUCAGGACUGACGUUGCGUCGUAG